CAGAAAAUAAAUCAUAUUAGAAAGAUGCACUUUGAAAUGUGCAAACUCUGCCAGUCCUUCCAAUUAGUAAAACAAACUGGCUCGACACGUUUCCUACUGAAUCGGUCACCAGUUGCUGCUCUCUCUCUCUCUCUCCCUCUCUCUCUCUUUUCCUGCGGAGAGGACGGCGGUCGUUCACGCUGCACGCUCACGGUGUCCCCCCCACACAAGUGCGCGCCUCCAUGAGCGACCGACAGCAGAGAGAUAAUAUAGUGGGGUCUGCAGGGCUACCACAAUGGGAGGAGUAUGAAAGUUAUCCUGAGCCCUGCCCACCAACUGCAAAACAUAUAAGACGCUAGAGUGAGGCAAACAGCAGGCACUUAAGCCUUAAAUCUUGAUGAAAAGACUGGCAAAAAAACUUCACCCUAACUCACUUCAUCUAUCAGUUAUUACAAGUUUUUAUUUUUAUGACCUCACUGGCAUUUGACUGACAUAUCUGACAUAUUUUCCUCACCUGACGUGGAUAUACAAGAGCUUUGUUAGGUUUUUUCCCCCUCCAAACACACCACUGAGCAGACUUUGUUGAAAAGUGAUUUGUUUUUCUCUUUUUUUCUUUUUUGAGGAACAAGUGUGUAGAAGACUUUGCCACAAUGGCACUGGACACUGAGUUUGGUGUGAAGGGCAGCAGCAUCAUCAGGGAGUGGAGUGGACAGGUCCAGCCUGCUCUGGUCGCCUCCUUCAUUUUCCUCUUCUGUCUGGAAGCCUGUCUGUGGGUCAGGAACCUCAGGCUCAAGAGAAGACUGCCGGGACCCUUCGCCUGGCCUGUGGUGGGCAACGCCAUGCAGCUGGGCCAGAUGCCUCACAUCACCUUUGCCAGGCUGGCCAAAAAGUACGGCAAUGUAUACCAGAUACGACUAGGUUGCAGUGAUAUUGUGGUUCUGAAUGGACACCGGGCGAUACGUCAGGCUCUGAUAGAGCAAAGCACAGAGUUUGCAGGCAGACCAAACUUUGCCUCUUUCCAGAUGAUCUCUGGAGGCAGGAGUGUGACAUUUUCUAAUUACGGCAAACAGUGGAAAGCACACAGGAAAAUUGCCCAGUCAAGCCUCAGAGCCUUUUCCUCUGCAAACAGUCUGACCAAAACAGCCUUUGAGCAACAGGUUACAGCUGAGGCCAUGGAACUGGUGCAGAUAUUUUUGCGGCAGAGCACUGAUGGACGGUAUUUUGAGCCUGCUCGUAAAUUUACAGUAGCUGCUGCUAAUAUCAUGUGCGCUCUGUGCUUUGGGAAGCGAUACGGACAUGAUGACCUGGAGUUCAGGACCCUGUUAAAAAGACUGGACAAGUUUGGAGAGACAGUAGGGGCAGGUAGCCUGGUAGAUGUCAUGCCCUGGCUUCAGUCCUUCCCUAAUCCGGUCCGCAGCCUCUAUGAAAACUUCAAAAACCUCAAUGAGGAGUUUUUCACCUUCGUGAAAGAUAAAGUGGUGCAGCACCGAGAGUCCUUUAGUCCUGACGUGACCAGGGACAUGAGUGAUGCCAUCAUCAAUGUGAUCGAGCACGGAAAAGACAGCGGACUGACUAAAGAGUUUGUCGAAGCAACGGUGACAGAUCUAAUCGGAGCAGGUCAAGACACAAUAUCAACUGCUUUGCAGUGGAUCAUGCUGCUCCUGGUCAAAUACCCAGACGAGCAAGCCAAACUGCAAGAGGUCAUAGACAAAGUGGUAGGCCCAGACAGACUGCCAUCAAUGGAGGACAGAAGCAGCCUGGCAUACAUAGACGCCUUCAUCUACGAGACUAUGCGUUUUACCAGCUUCGUCCCGCUCACCAUCCCACACUCCACAACCUCAGAUGUCACUAUCGAAGGUCUCCACAUCCCCCAAGACACGGUGGUCUUCAUCAAUCAGUGGUCCGUCAACCAUGACCCCCUGAAGUGGAAGGACCCCCACAUUUUUGACCCCACGCGCUUCCUCAAUGAAAACGGGGCCCUCGACAAAGACAUAACCAAUAAUGUGAUGAUUUUUUCAACAGGUAAAAGACGCUGUAUUGGCAACCAGAUCGCCAAGGUGGAGGUGUUCUUAUUCACAGCGGUGUUGCUGCACCAGUGCAGCUUCGAGAGCGACCCCUCUGAGCCCCUCACUCUUGACUGCUCCUAUGGGCUCACGCUGAAACCCCUCCAAUACUGUGUCAGCGCCAAGCUCAGGGGAAAGCUGCUUGGCUUAGUUUCCCCAGCAUGAACAGCAUGUCCCAAUACUGUGACUCAAGGCCAGCAAACACUUUUUUCCACCAAUGACAUUAACAGUGAGUAUCAGCAUACCUGCACUAAAUCCUGUUGUAAGAUUCUCAUAUUUAAUAAUGGUAUUUAAUGGAUAUCUAUAUCUAUAAGAAUAUGAAAGGUGUAUCAUUAGCUGCAGAUAGAACCCAAGCUUUACAAGCUCAAGUAUUACAUUUCUGUUCUACAAAAUAGUCUAUACUUGAUCAGAUUUUGUACAUAAUUGUGUAACUGUGUGCUUGUUUUACAUCCACCAUUGAGCAUGUAAAUGUAUGGUGUGUGCAGGAAUUAGCUACAUCUUUUAAAUGUCAAUUUAAACUAAUAUAACUAUAUGAAAUGUUUGUGAAUGUUCUCAAUUGUGAUAUGUAAGAAUAUAUUUAACCAUUGCUAUGUAAAGCAGUUACAUUUUUUUUCUCCAUAUUUCAGGUAUGACUAUAAAUGUAAUGAUAUUUAAUGUAUUUCACUAUCUACUGUACUCAAAGCAUAUGAACACAUUAAACAAAGAGUGAUGAUGAAAGGAGGGAAAAAAGGCUGGCAUGUUUGUGAAGGAGGAAGUCUUUCAUCAAGGAGCACCCUUCACAGUCUUAAGGAUGAAGAGGAGACAUUGCUGUGACCAUGAACACUUCACAAACUUUAUGUAUCCAGGGUUCAGUUUUACUGUACAAGCACUGCAGCCACACCAUGCCAAACCCAAGUUUCACCAGUCCAACAAAACACAUGUGCACAUUUUUUUUCACUUGUGAGACAUUCUCAAAAACAUGUUUGUUUACAAAAUAUUUUUUUUCAAAGCUACAUGGAUGUCACCGCACUCUCUUUAAGCAUUCAGGAAUUGGUGUUUUGAUGACCAAGGGAUGUGUUUCUCUGUCUGUAUCAAGGCAAUAAAUGAAACUCAGUGGGCCUCAAAUGUUAAAGCAUUCAACAGAGAGGGUAUUUUGUUAUCAGUGUGUUGGCUUUAUAAGAUGGAAAAAUAAGCUAUAUCUGAAAUGAAUAAAGUGAAUUGUAAGUGGUCAA